AUGGGCGGGAAAGUUCAGAGCAAACCCAAAUCCAAGCCCAAAGAAUCCAAGAACUCUCCCAGCACCAAGUCGAUGCCCUUAUCAUCUGGCAUCUUUACUCAAAAUCUAGUCCAUAUCUUGGAGAAUUCCCAAGAAUAUCAAGAAAUAGCCGUUAUUGCUAGUCGAGGUGAAGAUAUGAAAAAAAUUAGUAUUAUGUCAAAGUUAACUGAAGCUGACAUCCGCAUGGAAAUAGAUGAGGAAUUAAAGA